AUGGACUUUCCCAAGACCAACGAGGGCAGGCGUAUCUGCCAAGUGAUCAAAGUCAAGCCCGAGGCGUUGGACGAGUACAAGCGCGUGCAUGCGGCGGUUUGGCCCGAGGUCCUGGACGCGCUCCGCAAGGCGCAUGUUGUCGACUACUCGAUCUACUACUUCGCCCCCCUGAGCCUGCUGAUUGCUACGAUGCGGUAUGUGGGCACCGACUACGAGGCCGAUAUGGAGAGCAUCAAGGAGAGCGAGACGACGCGGCGGUGGUGGAAGCAGAUGACGGACGGACAGCAGGAGAGCUUUGUAGAGGGGGCAGUGGGGAGCGAGAGUGGGCCUGGGUGGUGGGCGCCGACGGAGGAGGUGUUCCGCUUUGAGGGGUGA